AUGAGACGUUUGUUUGUGUGUGUUGGUGCACUGCUGACUUUAUUGAACAUCUUGGAAGCGAUACACAAAGCAGCUGGAAAUGAAAAGUGUAAGUCUGGCCCGGUUGACCUUGUCUUCAUAAUUGACAGCUCACGCAGCGUUCGGCCACACGAGUUUGAGACAGUGUGCAAGUUCAUGAUUAACAUUAUCAGUGAGCUGGAUGUCAGUCCCAGUGCUGCCCGUGUGGGUGUUGUUCAGUACUCCAGUCAAGUGCAAAAUGUCUUUUCCCUGAAACAGUUCAUUACUCAUGAGGAUAUGGUCAAGGCCAUCAAAGAAAUCAUUCCACUGGCACAGGGUACCAUGACAGGCCUGGCUAUCCACUAUGCCAUGAAUGUGGCAUUCUCUACUGAGGAGGGGGCUCGGCCCAAUGUGCCUCAUGUAGCAGUGAUUGUCACUGAUGGUCGGCCUCAGGACCGUGUUGCUGAGGUCGCCGCGGCUGCUCGAGAGUCUGGGAUCGAGAUCUAUGCAGUGGGCAUAGCCAGAGCUGACAAGACAUCCCUGAGAGCUAUGGCAUCGCCACCUUUCGAAGAUCAUGUCUUCCUAGUAGAGACCUUCAAUCUCAUUCACCAGUUUGGGCUCCAGUUCCAAGACAAGCUUUGCAAAAUUGAUCUUUGUGUUGAGUCUGAUCAUGGUUGUGAUCAUAUCUGUGAGAGCUCUCCUGGCUCUUAUCAGUGUCUCUGCCUACCAGAAUACACACUCCAAGAUGAUGGCAAGACCUGCACAGCUAUUGAUUUGUGUGCGGAGGAGAAACAUGACUGUGAGCAAAUAUGUAUCAGUUCUCCUGGAUCGUUCAACUGUGACUGCAAUACAGGCUAUACUAUCAAUGAAGACAAAAGGACCUGCACAAUGAUAGACUACUGUUCAUUUGGAAACCAUAGCUGUGAGCAUGAGUGUGUCAGCAUCCUUAAUGGCUUUAUCUGUCACUGCAAGGAGGGAUACACUCUGAAUGAUGAUAAAAUGACCUGCACAAUGAUAAACUACUGUACAUUCAGAAAUGAUAGCUGUGAGCACAAUUGUGUGGGUAUCCUUAACGGCUUUUACUGCCCUUGUAAUGAAGGAUACAAACUAAACAAGGAUGAAAGGACCUGCACAAUGAUUGAUUAUUGUUCAUUUGGGAAUCACAGCUGUGAUCAUGAAUGCCUGAGUGUAUUAAAUGGAUUCCAUUGCUACUGUAAUGAAGGAUACACACUUCAAGGGGACGGAAAGACCUGUCAGGUGUACAACCUGUGUAAUAUAGUAGAGCAUGGCUGUCAGCACCAGUGUGUGAAUACACCAGGAUCAUACCACUGUAUCUGCUCCAAGGGCCAUCUACUACAAGAAGAUGGAAGGAGCUGUGGAAGCUGUGGGUCAGCCAACAUUGACCUGGUUCUCCUGAUUGAUGGCUCUAAGAGUGUGCGGCCACAAAACUUUGAACUUGUCAAGCAAUUUGUCAACCAGGUUGUGGACCAACUCGAUAUCUCUGCUCAUGGGACACAUGUGGGCCUUGUCCAGUACUCCAGCCAGGUGAGGACAGAGUUCCCACUAAGUAUGUACAAGAGCAAGGAAGAAGUCAAGGCAGCUGUGAUGAAAGUAGCCUACAUGGAGAAAGGAACCAUGACGGGGCUAGCACUAAAACACAUGGUGCAGGAUAGCUUCUCUGAGGCUGAGGGUGCCCGUGCUGCCUCAAAAAACAUACCCCGUGUUGGGCUGGUGUUUACUGAUGGACGUUCUCAGGAUGACAUAACAGAGUGGGCCAGGAAGGCCAAGGAAGCAGGAAUUACAAUGUAUGCUGUCGGUGUGGGCAAAGCUGUAGAGGAUGAGCUGAGAGAGAUUGCCUCUAAGCCAGUGGAGAAACAUUUUUUCUACACCUCUGACUUCACUGCCAUUAACCAGAUUGCAGAGAACAUUAAACUCAAUAUCUGUCCAGAGGAGGGUCAGGGUGAAAUAGAGGUGAACGAUCCUUGUGCCUGUAAUCGUCUUGUGGAGUUCCAGCAGGCUACCAUGGUCAUGCUGAACGAGCUCAACCAGAAACUGUCAGCAAUGACUACACGAUUGGAGUUUCUGGAGAAGCAGCUGCUCAGAAGGAAAUGA